UGCUUCCAAGAGAUACUCUCAAGUUUCACUCCCCAGCUGAAGGUAGAUGUCGACCUCCUCCCGAUGUUUGCACACCCCGAUGAUUACGUCCGAUGCGUCAGUGUUAUACUCGGUAAAAGGUGUGCCCCAGGAGGAGACCUGCCUGCCUCGACGCCAAGAAAGACCGGUGUACUACGAGGUGAGUGCCAAUGGAAUCUUUGAGUUGAUCCCUUCAACGCUCAACGGCAACACCAGCUGCAAGCCUGGUAUGAUCCCCGAGCUAGCUAAACAAACCUGGCUGGCAACCUACUUGGCUAGUUAAACAGCUGAAUAAUCUCGUAUUUUUUUUUAUCUAGCUGCAUCCUUGAGCUUGAAGUUUUAAAGGCUGCAAAUGGCUGCACGCGCAAACAAGAUCAAGAUUGCCCUCCCGUACGGCACUUAAUUGCUGCUCUGUAUUUUCUUUUCUUCAUCUUGUGUCUGAGAAAAAUAUCACGUAGGCUAACCAUGUGGGGUACCUGUCUCGUAUGUUGGCAAAAGGCCUGGCGCGCUAACAAUCAGCACUAAGCAUUAGCGCUAUUUUAAGCAAAGCUCUGCCUAAUCUUAUACUCACACAAGUACAGCCGGAAUAUAUUUCAAGUAUUUUUGAGAGUUUUCAAAUACGGCUACAUUUCUGGCCUUCAACAAAUAUCACAACUUACAUUAUUCAGGACCUGGUCAACCUCGCCCGGACAUAGCACGAUCGCCGUCGGUUUCCUGAGACCUCCACUCCUUUCUUCACACAACUCGCUCGCUCUCCUCGCAGCACCAAAAGCAGCAACCAAGCUCACCACCAAAAUCUCUGCUCAGCAUUUUGCUCGAAAGCCACCUACACACACACACACAUACCAAUAUACCAUGGUGCCAUCAGUGGCCUGCUCCUUCUUCUUCGACGACGAGCUGCUCGGCGAGCCCGGCAUGCCGCCGAUGGACGCGUGCGCGCUCUGCACCAAGCCGCUGUCGCGCGACCACGACGUCUUCAUGUACAGAGGGGACACGCCCUACUGCAGCGAGGAGUGCCGCCACGAGCAGAUGCACCUCGACACCGUCUGCGCCAAGCAGGCCGCGCGGAGGCAGCAGCGGUUCUCGGCGGAGACGGAGUCCCACCGUGGGCAGCGGCAGUCCAGGAAGGUGUCCGUCGCAAGCUAACCGGCUGGCCGUUGAAAGUUUUGCUUGGAUCGACAAGAUCUAAGGCCUUCUUUGGUUUGGAGGAAUUUUAUAGGAUUUUCAUAUAAUAGGAUUUUUAUAGGAAAAAUUCCUUCAGAGCUCUUUGGUUUGUAGGAAUGAAAUCCUAUUCCUACGAAGGAAUUCUUUCUAUCCUUCACAUUUCAUAGGAAAAUAAAAAUUAGCCUAGACUCAAUGAAAAAAAUCCUAUGGUGUGAAUCAAAGGACAUCUCCUUUUCUAUUUCUAUGCAUAAGAUUUGAGAUGCAUGUCAUCUCGUUUCCUAUGACUUUUCUAUUCCUAUGAUUUUUCAAUCCUA